CAACAGAGAGAGAGAGAAAUAGAGAGAGAGAGCGGGAGGGAGAGAGAGAGAGGAUGCCGAAGAGGACGACGCACACGUAUUCGAGCGAGGACGCGGUGCCGGACGGUCCUGACUCCGAUCUCUUCGUCUAUUAUUGCAAGCACUGCGGAUCUCACGUCCUCAUCACUGAUACCCAAUUGCAGAAAAUGCCAAAAAGGAAAACUGACAAGGCAUAUGUAUUGGACAAGAAGAAGCAUCUUGCAAGGCUCAACCUAAAUGAGGGAGGAAAGGUUCUCUUAAAGCGUGGGGAAGGUAAGUUGGAGAAGCAAUUCCGUCUGAACUGCAUGGGAUGUGGGCUGUUUGUCUGCUAUAGAUCAGAAGAAGAUUUGGAAUUUGCCUCUUUCAUAUAUGUUGUUGAUGGUGCUCUAAGUACAGUUGCAGCUGAAACCAAUCCACAGGAUGCUCCUGUACCACCAUGCAUAUCACAAUUAGAAGGAGGACUUGUUCAAGUGGCAAUAGAAGUGGAAGACCGUGCACAACGCACAGCAAUCAUGAGGGUGAAUGCUGAUGAUGUUCGGGUUACUGUAGCUGCACCUGCAGCCCGUGGAGAAGCUAAUAAUGAACUUCUAGAAUUCAUGGGGAAAGUACUGGGCCUGAGACUAAGCCAGAUGACCCUUCAGAGGGGGUGGAAUAGCAAAUCAAAGCUCCUUGUGGUGGAGGAUUUGUCCGCUAGGCAGGUAUACGAGAAGCUCCUAGAAGCUGUACAACCUUGACACUGCUUGACUGGAUCAGCUCGAAGCUAAGCUGUUUGAAGGGUUUUCUUCUUUUCUUUUUUUGGUUAUAUUUACACUGAGAUUUUAUUUAUUGUCAAAAACUAAAUGGUUGAUUUUCUUUUUUACCAUAACUGAUGCAGACUGACUCAUUUAGAUGAUAUGUUUAUUUACUACUACAGUACCAAGGUACCAUAAAAUUUUGUUUUUCUCAUC